ACAGCACGCGAGCGAGACGGGCGACAAAACCAAAAUUAAUAAAAUUAAAAAUUACAAGUGAACGCCCGCGCGCGCGCCCCUCCGCCCACCCAGCGGAACCUCGAUCGGCGGCGAUCCAGAAAUAGUAGUGACCGUGAGCCGCGAAGUUUCUCCAAUGAAGCGCUAAAUAAAAAGAGCAACAGCGCAACAACAAAAGCAACGCAGUAGCAAAAGAACGGAAAAAGACACCGCAGGCAAGAUGCUAGAACCGCCGAAAUUCAUCGAGAAUGAUAUGUACGGCGGCAGCCGGACAUUCACCUGGCUGGCAGACAUGGUGGGGCUCUCCGUGGAUUUGGUAAACUUUUUACUCUGCCAAAUAUCGGCUCUCUUCCUGGCCUCGCUCUUCCGGUCCGUGCUGCAUCCUUCGAAGGUGUCCAGCAAGUUGAGGCACACCUUUGCCCUAUCGAUUGGCCUGGCCUUUGGCUACUUUUGCUUUGGCCAGCAGGCUAUUCACAUUGCCGGUUUGCCGGCAAUAUGUUACAUUGUCAUUCGCACCCAGGAUCCACGCAUCGUUCAAAGAGCCGUUCUGCUGGUGGCCAUGAGCUAUCUAUUGUGCGUGCAUCUCAUGCGUCAGCUUUAUGACUAUGGAUCCUAUGCCCUGGACAUCACCGGGCCUCUAAUGAUCAUUACACAGAAGGUAACCAGCUUGGCCUUCAGCAUCCACGACGGCUUUGUGCGAAGGGAUGAGGACCUAACCAAGGCCCAGCAGUAUCAUGCCAUUCGUAAAAUGCCCUCGGCUUUGGAGUACUUCUCCUAUGUGUGGCACUUUCCCAGCAUCCUGGCCGGUCCUUUGGUCUUUUACAAGGACUACAUUGACUUCGUGGAGGGCUACAAUCUGUUGAGCAGCCCGUCAGGCAACGGCAAUCUGGACAACAGCAAGAAGGAAGUCGUCCUGGAACCCUCACCCACGAAAGCGGUUAUACGCAAAGUGGUCGGCAGUCUGGUGUGCGCCUUCAUAUUCAUGAAGUUCGUCAAACUAUAUCCCGUGAAAGACAUGAAAGAGGAUGACUUCCUAAACAAUACCAGCAUGGUCUACAAGUACUGGUACGCCAUGAUGGCUACCACCUGCAUACGCUUUAAGUAUUAUCAUGCCUGGCUCCUAGCGGACGCCAUAUGCAACAACUCAGGUUUAGGUUUCACCGGUUACGAUAAGGAUGGCAACCCCAAAUGGGACCUGAUAUCCAAUAUUAAUGUGCUGUCGUUUGAGUUUUCCACAAACAUGCGCGAUGCCAUUAACAACUGGAACUGCGGCACCAAUCGCUGGCUACGUACGCUCGUCUAUGAGCGCGUGCCCCUCAAGUAUGGCACACUUCUCACCUUUGCCCUUAGCGCCGUCUGGCACGGCUUCUAUCCGGGCUACUACCUAACCUUUGCCACUGGCGCUGUCGUUGUGACAGCAGCGCGCACCGGUAGGCGACUCUUCCGUCAUCGCUUCCAGAGCACGCAGGUCACCAGGAUGUUCUACGACAUUCUCACCUGCUUGAUCACACGCGUCGUCCUGGGCUACGCCACAUUCCCAUUCGUUCUGCUUGAAUUUAUGGGCAGCAUCAAAUUGUACCUGAGAUUUUAUUUGUGCCUUCACAUCAUUUCACUAGUGACCAUAUUUAUUUUACCCAAGUUUAUACGCGGCGAGCGCCGGUCUCGUGCUGGGGCGGCCAACGGAGGCUCCAGCGUACAGCUGGCGGCAAGUGAAUUGCCCUCAGCAGAUGCUAAAGCUGCCACCUUGACCGCUGGCAAUGAUCUCAACAAGGAUGAGGCGGAGGAGGAGAAGGAGGACAAGCAUGCUCAUCAAUGUAAAGUCAACACGCCAACACACCAACAGCCAGCUGCUGCUGCUGCUGCUGCUUCACCACACAACACAACAACAAAUGAACAACAACAACAGUCAACUGAGCAAUCGAACAAUGUAUAUCUACGACAACGCCACCCACAGCAGCAACAGCAGCCACAUCUGGAGAAGAUGCCGAAGCCGAAGCCCACGAGUGCCCGCGACGCCGUCAGCGUGCCCCAUGACCAGUGCGAGAUGGAUCAAUUGUCCAGCAAGCUGAAGGAGAAGAUCGAGGCGGAAACCAAAAACAUUGAGGAAUUUAUUGACAAGACUGUAACCGAGACCGUUAGCGGCAUUGUGGAGUUCAAGAACGAUCUGAUGCGCGACAUUGAGUUCCCCAAGCUGAAGCUGCCUGGCAGUAAUGCUGGCGCUAACCUGGACUCUGCCGUGUCGGGAGGAGGUCUACGCAAACGCAACAUUAUAUCCUCUGUCCAUGACAAUGGCACAGACUCUGCUGGCAAUGCUUCUUCGGCCACCAUUGAGCACGAGGAGAAUUUCCUAAAGAAGGAGAUCGAUGUCAUCAAUGCGGUGGUGCAGCAGGCCAAUGUCCUGCCGGCGGUGCUCAGCAAUGGUCAUGCCAAAUAGUAGCAGCGAUUAGCAGCAAGUGUGGGGCAACUGAUAGGAUACACAAAAAUUAAUAAUAACAACAACAACAACAACAACGAUGAUAAAGAUAGAGAUGUCACGGCAGGGAAUGGAGGCACACCUGAUCGAUUGAUUAAUAGUUCGAACUGAGAGAGAGAUUUAUCAAAUACGCACACAAUAUGAAAGCACACAACAGAGACACACACACACACCAGGCGACACUUUUUGAUGGCAAGGAUAGAGAGUGGUUCUAGUUGAAAGUCCUGAAGUACACUGUAACUGAGGUAAUUGUCUUAAAACACGAAUUAGCCAAAUAAUAAAUAAGUAUUCGACACACAACAGUCAGCAGCCAAGACCAACCUAUGUUCAAAUUUAACUAAAUGUGCACCGGAAGUCUAAUUGUUGUUACCCCAAAAAAAAAAAGAACAAAUCAAAUCUAUGUAUAUGUACGUUUUUGUAGAUGUUUGUUUGUUAAAAAUCCCGCGGCAUGAGGCCUGAAUAGAGCGUUCCAAAGUUAAACGGCAUACAUAUCCUGUUUUUACACCGAGAGAUAUAUAGAAGGGAUAACCGUAUAUGUGAAUAUACAUCCCUAAUAUAAAAUUAAUAAUUUUAUAUAAUUUAUAUCUCCAGUAACAGACCAAGAACUUGACCGUCUUUGGAACAUUCUGUUGGCCUCGCGCCUUUUAAUUGAGAAACUCAUCCAAGCAUUAUAUGUAUGUGUAUAUAUAUAUGUUAAAAUGUUUAUCAUAUAGUCUAUGUGCGAACUAAACUCAAUUUUCCAGCAUCUUUACUAUCUAUUGUAGUUGAAAUCCCGCCCAAAACGGAACCAGAACAAGUAGAACCAAUGAAAUCCUCUUCACGCCAAUAACGCGGAAAACAAAACGAACAAGAAGUCAACCAAAUCUUAACGUUAGACUGAAGCUAUUGACAAAAGUAAUAAGCAAAAAAGCAAAGCAAAUUGUGUGUAGUUCAAGUUAGUUAGUAAGCCGUUGAGUGUUGCUUUUUGAUAUUCAAUUUAUUUCCGAUUUGGUAUGGGAACAGAGAGUGUCUGUCCAGCUUGCUUCCACUAAAUAUACUCUACACCUUUUUUAUUCGUAAUUUUUUGAUUUUAAUUUUUGUAAAUGUCGGUGUCCUCCACUUGUGGCUUCCUCCUACUCCGUAGAUUUUAAGCACGCACUUUAUAUAACCUACCCUCCUCUUUGUUAGAUUUUACAUAUAAUAAACGAUUUCGCCACAAAUCCUCAUCACAUA